AUGGACCAAGGAGACAUCCCCGCGCUUCUUGCGCGGCUGGCCAGCGACGAAGACGCCGCGAGGAAAAUGGCCGUGUUCAAGCUUCAGACGUCCAUCAACGACCCUUCCUUUGCUGACGUCUUCAUCUCGUCCGGGGGUCUCGUCGUCCUGCGCGGGUUGAUCAUGGAAUCCGGCGGCAACACGCUUGCCUACUCGCUGCAGAGCCUGACGCGCCUCCUCGAAGUCGACAUGGGCUGGGACAUCUUCCAGGGGCCCUCGGCAAGCGCUUUUGUCGAACGCAUCGUGGAACUCGUCGUCAUCAACCCACUGGUUAAUAUCCUCCGUGGAGCCAUGUCCAUCCUCGUUGCUCUGGUCAGCCGCUCUCGGUCGGACCAACCGACCAGCCCGGCCGGACCAGCGAAUCCAGCAGCGGCAUCCUUUGGCUUUCGCGCUCUCAAGCCUGCCGUCGCUGUCUACCCGCAGUUCUUCGAGCUGGUGGUCCAGCAGCUGCAGAGCGCCGACCACGCUCUCUGCGCAAACGCCCUCAUGCUCGUCAAUGCUCUCAUUCGCGAUUCCAUCUUGCACAGUGAGACGUGCUCCGGCAGGAGCGACAGCAGCGACGGCGGGGAAGACUGGGCCAAGCUCGUCAAGCGCCUCCAAGACCUGGGCUUGGUCAAGGCUGUCUACCGGCUCAUGCAGAGCUCCGCCAUACAGGACCUGGCAUAUCCCGUGCUGGAGUUUCAAACGCUGACCAAGAUGCUGCUGAGAAAGUGGCGAGAGGUAGAGGUCGACCCGAGCCGGCGGGAACACAGGCGCGCACUAAAAGGCAUACACGGAGGCGGCGUCAACGGGCAUUCCGAGGAUGAUGACGACUCUACGGAAGCCAGCAACAGGGACGAUCGGAAACGCAGUCCCAACAAGUGGAGGAGGCUAGGUUUCGAGACGGAGAGCCCCGCGCAAGAGUUUGAAGCCACUGGAUAUCUCGGCGUCAUGGACCUGGCAGACUACGUCGCAAGACAUGGAGACGGCUUCCAGAAGCUUCUGCUCGAGCAGACCGUCAGACCGCUCGAAAAAACUUGUCCUGUUGCAAGAGCGAGCUUGGCCGUGACCGUGAUUCUGUACGAGCAUUUCGAGGUGGACAGAGUUGAUGUCGAGGACAGCAAGGGAUACCAAGGCUUGGAGGCCAAAGACCACGACAGGCUGUUCCGCCCGUUGCUGCUUGAGUGGUCCCGCUUGCACUCGGCCGCCCUGCUGGCCUUUUUCCGCCUGUGGAAGGCAACAAGCGCCGAGUUGGCCGACUUUGACAAGGUAGCGGAGCUCGUGCGAAUCCUGGUCGGGCAGGUUGUCGGCCGAGCCACUCGCGCAAAGGACAUUUCCGAGGCCGAGGACGAGAUGCUAGAGGUGGACAUUACCCAGCUCCGAAGACUGCAAACGGACUUGUUGGACAGGUCGUUUGACGAUGCUUGGGGCCAGUACCUGUACCAGGUGCGGGAGACACUUAAGCAAGAAGCCCUGCAGUUUGUCAAGGAGCAGCGGGUUCGGUGCAUGCUCCAAGGAUCCUGGUUCUACAAGCCCGCGUCGUCGCGAAAGACGGACCAAGCUCACAGUGGGCAAGCACACAACGGGCAAGCUGCUGCUGCUGCUGCUACUGCUACUGCUGCUGCUGCUGCUGCUGCUGCUACUGCUGCUGCUGCUACUACACGCCCAUGGCGGUUUGCCAGGCUGUCCUACAACCGACGCUACCUGCAUUAUGCCGACUUUGAGCACCAGAUGGCCCAGGACCCGGGUUUGGACGUGUUGACCAACAAGAUUGACUUGGGCUCCGUGAGCUCGGUAGGCUCCAACGUGUCCGCGGCGGACGACACCAAGAGCGACGCCAGCGGGUCUGCAGGCCAGGCCAAGAAGACGACGACCAAGAUUACCAUAUACGCGGCCGAGAUGAAGGAGCAGGGAGGGACGGAAGAGUACCCGGUGCUGUCGCUGAGGCCAGUGAGCCCCAGCCUGGCGUCCGAGUGGCUGGACGGCCUGCUCAUGCUGCUCAACCAGGCGCCAAUCACGGCGGAGACGAGCAAGCUGAUCAACCUGAUCAUCGACUACGGGCUGAAGAUGCGGUUGCUCAAUGUGAGGCUGGACGCGGCGUUUGCGGGACCCCCGGCGGGCGCGGGAGCGGUGCCCAGCCGCGCGGGACUGGACGAGGACUAUUUCUUUGAAGUGUAG